AUGUGGAGGCAUGAGGAUGAAAGAAAGGGCCUAAUGGUGGAUGCAGGUGCAACUUCACACAUCAUCACAGACAUCGCAAAGUUCCGGUGGUUUGACAGCAGUUUCCAGGCUGACACACACUGUGUGGAAUUGGCUGACGGCACGAGGUGCAACGGAGUCGCUAAGAACAGAGGAGACGCAGCAGUAUGUUUGGUGGACAGCACUGGACGACGUUUCAAGACAACGCUAAGGAACGGGCUGUACAUCCCCACGUACCCACAGGACAUCUUCUCUGUGAAGGCAGCCACCUCGAAUGGGGCAACCGUGAUCUUCAGAGAAGGGAAGAAUGUUCUGCUACAUAAAGACUGUACUGAAUUCCCCAUACACGCUCAGCUGGAAAAGACACAAGCAAAAGUCAAGAUGAUGAUCCAGGAUAGAAUAAAGAAGACUGAGGAGAUAAAAAGCUCUGAAAAGAACAACAAUGUUAAAAGUCUCACUGCUCUGAUUGAGAGAUUUCUGUCUGAGCUGCUGGAGGUGAUCGGGGAGAAGCAGAAAUCAGCAGAAAAGCAGGCUGAAGAGCUGCUUAAAGAGCUGGAGCAAGAAGUUACUGAGCUCAAGAGCAGAGAGACGGCGCUGGAGCAGCUCUCACACGGAGGAUCAUCUGCACCUCCUACGGCAGUGAAUGUGAGAUUGGAUCCUAAAACAGCUCAUCCUAAACUCAUCCUGUCUAAGUACAGAAAACAAGUGAAGCAUAGUGGAUCCUGGAGAGAUGUUCCCAAUAACCCUGAGAGAUUUGACUCGUCUGCUUGUGUCCUGGGAAAGGAUGGGUUUUCCUGUGGGAAAAUUUAUUAUGAGGUUGAAGUCGGUGAUAAAACUGAAUGGGACUUAGGUAUGGCUAGAGAGUCCAUUGACAGAAAGGGGAAAGUAACAGUGUGCCCAGAGAAUCUAUUUUGGAGUAUUUGGCUUAGAAAUGGAGGUGAAUAUGUGGCUAAUGAAUCUUGCCCCGUUCCUCUUUCUCUGAAAGACAAACCCCAGAAAGUGGGGGUGUUUGUGGAUUAUGAGGAGGGUCUGGUCUCCUUCUACAAUGUGGAGACCAAAGCUCUUAUCUACUCCUUUACUGGUCAGUCUUUCACUGAAAAAAUCUAUCCAUUUUUCAGCCCUUGCAACAAGAGAGGAGAUGUGACCACAAAGCCUCUGAUUAUCUACUAGUUAGUUAGUCUACUACUAGUAAGUGUAUUUAUUAAACAAUGAAAAGUUUUAAUGCAACAAAUAAAUGACAAGGGUCACACAUUGCCCUAAGAUUGAAUCUCUAAC